UUAGACGUUUUUGUUCUUGUUCCAUCAGCUGCUGAAGUUUGUCCCGGAGAAGAGCGACGUCGAUCUGCUGGAGGAGCACAAACACGAGCUCGACAGAAUGGCAAAACCCGACCGUUUCCUCUACGAGAUGAGCAGAAUAAACCACUACCAGCAGCGGCUGCAGUCUUUGUACAUCAAGAAGAAGUUUGCAGAGAGGAUAGCUGAGAUUAAACCCAAAGUUGAAGCUCUGACAAAGGCAUGUAAGGAGAUCUUGCACAGCAGAAACCUGAAGCAGCUGUUGGAGGUGGUGCUGGCCUUUGGAAACUACAUGAACAAGGGUCAGAGAGGAAACGCUUACGGCUUCAAGAUGUCUUCACUCAACAAGAUCGCCGACACCAAGUCCAGUAUCGACAAAAACAUCACUCUACUGCACUACAUGAUUACUAUUCUGGAGAAGAAAUAUCCCAAAGUCCUGAUGUUCCAGAACGACCUGCAGAGCAUCUCAGAAGCAGCCAAAGUCAACAUGACAGAACUGGAAAAAGACAUUGGCACCCUGCGCAGCGGCUUGAAAAGCGUCGAGAGCGAGCUGGAAUACCAGAAGAAGCGACCGCAGGAGCUGGGCGACAAAUUUGUGUCUGUGGUGAGUCAGUUCAUCACUGUGGCCAGCUUCAGCUUCUCCGACGUGGAGGACUCUCUCACUGAGGCCAAAGAGCUGUUCCUCAGGGCAGUAAAGCACUUUGGUGAAGAUGCCAGUAAGAUGCAACCAGAUGAGUUCUUCGGCAUCUUUGACCAGUUCCUGCAGUCGUUCGCCGAGGCUCAGCAGGAGAACGAGAACAUGCGCAAACGCAAAGAAGAGGAGGAGCGCAGGGCAAAGCUGGAGGCCCAGCUCAAAGAACAGAGAGAGCGGGAAAGAAAGGCCCGGAAAGCAAAGGCGAACGGGGAGGACGACGGUGGCGAGUUCGACGACUUGGUCUCCGCGCUGCGAUCCGGUGAAGUCUUCGACAAGGACUUAUCCAAGAUGAAGCGCAACCGCAAGCGCAUCAACAACCAGAGCACAGACUCGAGUAGAGAGCGACCGGUCACAAAGCUCAACUUCUAAAGCCGGGAUUGAGCUCAUUGUCCCUGUUUCACUCAACCCCCUCCUCAGCCCUGCUCAUCUAUAGCUUCACUCUGGGUCAAAGUGACAUCCACAUUCCUCCUCCUCCUCCUCCUCCUUCACUCCCGCACCAGCUCCGCCUGAAUGAACCUUGGCCUUGCAUCACCGCAGCAGAGCCACACACAUAGCACAACACAUUUGGACCUUUCAUCUUCUUAGAUUAUGACGUUAAGCAAAGCAGAAGCCAAAAACUGUCAUUAACGACCAAAUAAUCCUAUAAUUCCUGCUGUGGGGUCGUGCUGGUCGAAAUGAAAUGUUUCUAAGAGGUUGUUAAGCAGGAUCAAGAUGUCGUGAUUUGUUUCAGGUGUAAAUGAUGGUCAUGGUCUUUUGACAGGACGCGUUCUGCGCUUCUUCUUCUUUAGUUUGUUUUUGUACGUCCGAUUGUUAUGCACCGAGCUCAUUGUGCAGCUCUUAGACUCCUUCAGGACUUGAUGCUCGAUCCAAACAGGAAGACGAUUCCGUUGAAAACACAAGGGGCCAUUUUGUACAGACUGUAUUUCAUAGAUUGAGAGAGCGGCUGCGUUCACGCGUCUGUGUUCAAGUGACGUGAACAUUUUUGUAGAAAGACUGAAUCUGAACUUCCUCCUGACGCUCUCUCUCGCAGCGUGGACGCUGCAUCCUGAACCAGAUGUAGUUUUGACAGCAAGCGAUGCAGAAGCAGAGGUGCAGCCAUGCAGCAUUUAUAAAUCUGUAUGUUUUAUUUGAAUUGUCCUUUUUUUUUUUGUUUCUUGUUAAGAGCUGGCCUUAACUCUGUUGAUUUCAAUUGUUGAGUGGGUACUCUCAUGGGCCUGGGCCUAAUCUGCAAUUUCUCAACAAGUGUGGACACUCGUCUCAUAAAUGACAUAUAUAUCUAUAUAUAAGGUCGUGUGCUUGUUAUACACGCACAUAUGAAUUCAUAUUUACUAUGCUUAAUGCCAUUAAAACCAUACCCAAUCAAUGCAAUAUACCUGUUUGCCCCUCUGAAGGGAGUGUCCCCUCUUUAUUGUUUGUGUUUGAAUAGAUGAAACAUGUUUCCUGAGUGCUGGCUGAAUUCACAACGCAUUAAAACGUGUGCGUGUGUGAGUCCACACAGCGUCAGACCCUUCACUGAACUUUUAUAAUUUAAAUAUCGCCUUUUCCUUGUACAAUGACCUGAUAAAAAUAAAUGGGAGAAUACAA